AGCAUUAGGCAUGGUUGAAGAAGAAGGAAAAAGAAAAGAAAUAUACGGCGAAAACGAAUUUAUACAUACAUUGCAUAGCAAGCAUUGGUCUCGAGUUGUCUCUUACCAACCUGGUAGCCAAGGUGGGAUCGCGGUUCGGUACUAUCGUCCGCCGUCGUCCGCCGUCCGAUCGCGGCCUGCCGUAUAAUGCCCAGGUAGGGUGGGGAUUGCAAGUUAGGUACCUUCUAAAUCUAGACAACCACCUAGUCAAAUAGGUUCAGCCUCAUUAACACUAUCCAGGAGAAUGGUUCUGGUUCACUUCCAUGUUUCUGUGUACCAUGGCUACUUUAUUUCACAAUGGACGCUUCUUCCGGUCCGGUUCUAAGGGCGAGGACCAUUCUUUUGCGGAGUCCUUGCUUGUCGAUGGGUCCGGGACAAUCGUUCACAUCGGUAAUGCGAGCGAUGAGCAAAUCAGAGUAGCUAAUGCUGCCGGGGUAGCCAAGCACGACAUGUGCGGCCGCUUAGUCUUACCAGGUUUCAUAGACGGGCACAUGCACUUUCUGAUGCUGGGGCAGUCCUUGCAGAAGGCUGGACUGGAAGCAUGCAAGGAUCUGCAGGACAUCCGGCGAACCAUCAAGGAGUUCGCGGCAGCACACCCGUCCGUAGCUCGAAUCAUGUGUAAAGGAUGGAUGCACUCCAUGACCAACGGAAAGGCGUUAGCGAGCAUGAUAGAUGACUUGGACCCAAGGCCUAUCUUCAUCGACUCCAAGGACCUACACUCAACGUGGUGCAACGCCGCGGCCCUGGACGAAAUGGGAGUGCAAAAUAUGCCGGAUCCAGAGGGCGGGAAGAUCCACCGUGACGAGAACGGUAAGGCAUCCGGGCUUCUAUCCGAAGCGGCUGCUGUCACGAUCGUCUGGCCGCAUAUCGCCAAAGUUGCACCUAUGGAAGAGAAGUUAGCUGCAUUGAAAGGAGCGGUCGAGGCGUAUAAUUCAGCUGGCUAUACCGGACUCGUACAAAUGGCAAUGGACGAAAACGCAUGGGAGGCGCUGCAAGUGUUACGCCAGAUAGAGACCUUGCCGAUUAGAAUUGCGAUCCACUGGCUCAUUACUCCUAGAAAGACGGAAGCGGAGAACCUCGCCCAAGUUGACCGUGCGAUCGAGUUGAAUCGACAGUUCAACGAAGAGACCAGCCCCGACUUCCGCGUUGUUGGUAUUAAGAUAAUCGGCGAUGGAAUCAUCGAUGGCUGUACCGCGGGACUUCUAGAACCUUACACUUCAAACGGCGUAUCCUGCGACCCUAUCUGGUCGCUUGCAGAACUAGGACCCGUUGUAAAUAAAGCAGACGCUGCGGGCCUACAAUGCGCCUUACACGCAAUUGGCGACAAGACCAUACAGGUGGCCAUCGACGCGCUGGAGCAGAAUGCCACUCCCGGUCGCAGACAUCGGAUCGAGCAUCUCGAGCUUGCGUCACCGCAGGAUGCCGCAAGGUUGGGUAAGUUGGGCAUCACCGCGUCUAUCCAACCGGUACACGCCGACCCGGCCAUCCUCCGAGCUUGGCCCUCUCUUCUCGGGCCCGCCCGCUGCGAGCGCGCGUUCGCCUACAAAGAAUUUGCCGACGGAGGCGCAGUACUUGCAUUGGGGUCUGACGCACCCACGGCCCCCCACGCACCACUCAAGAACGUAUACACGGCCACGACGCGGCGGUCAGCUAGAGAGCCGUCUCUGUCGGACCGGGUAAACCCGCAUUUCGCAUUAGAGCUAGCGGCGGCUAUCGCGGCAGGGACGGAGGGAUCAGCGUACAGCUGCUUUGCGGACCGACGGUCCGGGAGGCUGGAGAUCGGACGGAUGGCAGAUAUGGCCGUGGUAGAUAUGGAAUGGGAUGCGAAUAAGCUGUUGGAAGCAAAAGUUGUACAGACGUGGUUUCAGGGGAAGAAGGUCUUUGACGGCGAAGUGUAAGCUCCGCCAACACAGGUAAAGAAUACUUCACGUAUUUGCUGCUUCCAAGGUGCUCGGAGGAACAGACCAAUUGUAAGCCCUGUCCCAAAAGAGGGCUAAUG